CGCGCCCGGAUCAGACAUGUCGAGGUCCUUCUACGUGGAUUCCCUCAUCGUCAAGGAUGCCGCGGUCAGACCCGGCGCGGCCGAGCGGCACCCGGCGGCGCACGACUUCCUCCUGCCCAUCGGCGUGCACGCCCCGGGCGUCGUGUCCGUGGCCCCGGCGUGUCCCUCCAGGAAGAGCGGCGCCUUCUGCGUGUGCCCGCUGUGCGUCACCACGCACAUACACGCGUCCCGGGGCGGCGUGCCCGCGCUCAAGGGCCACUUUGCGGGCGCCGAGUACUGCCACAGGUUCGCGCACCAGCACCAGCAGACUCCCUCUCUUGCGCACCCGGGACACGCACCUGUUUGCACCUUCAGCGUCACGGACCCACGGAGGUACCACUGCGUGUCUAUGGGCGCCACGGAGAGCACCCACGUCCAAAACGGCAAGCGCAUGCGCACGGCCUUCACCAGCACGCAGCUGCUGGAGCUGGAGCGCGAGUUCUCCAGCAACAUGUACCUGUCGCGCCUGCGCAGGAUCGAGAUCGCCACCUACCUGAGCCUGUCCGAGAAGCAGGUGAAGAUCUGGUUCCAGAACCGGCGCGUCAAGCACAAGAAGGAGGGCAAGGCGGCGCAGAGGAGCGCGCUGCACGGCGGCUGCAAGUGCGCGGGCGCGCGGCACCACGGCGGCCCGGCGGACUACCCGCGCUCCGAGGACGAGGAGUCCCUCUCGCCCGCCUCGGCCUCCGAGGAGAAGGACGCGGUGGUCAUGUGAGGGCGCGGCGGUCACGUGACUUUGGACCAUCGUGCAUGAAAGAUAAACUUUGGUAUAAUGUGACCCCUGUACAGGUUGUGACCUAUGACCCCCACACUGUGCGCCCUUAUAGAAGCUAUAUAUGAAAUAAUAGCACAACCUGUGUUUGCAAGCUAUUGUGUAUAUGUGUAUUUAUUGUAAUAAUAAACA